AUGGUAAUUGAAGGUUUUAAGGAAUGCACGUCACUGGCCCACAAACUUGGCCAGACAUUGGCCAGUCUCUCCACCUCACUGCCGCGACGCCACAAAUACCAGCUGGGUGUAAGAAGUAUUCCUAUUAUACUCAAUCUGGCCAAGGAAGUGAUGAAGAGGCAGCCAGAAGUAGAUGAACUUGAUACCGUCCCUUUGGCCCUUAGAGAGUACCUGAUACCUCAGCUGAGGGAAGAAGAUGCUCCUAUCUUCAAGGAAAUGUUUCAGAUAAUGUUCCCUGAAUUUGACAUUGCUCCUUAUGUUAAUGACAUUCUGAAGGAUGGUGUGACAGAAAUGAUGAAGAGUAGUAACUUGAUUGUCAAGGACAGCUAUGUCGACAAGGUUCUACAGCUACACGAUGCUAUCUCCAGGAACCAAACGAUCAUACUCUUUGGGAAAUCAGGAUCAGGGAAGUCCACAUCCCUUACGACCCUUGAGAGCGUAUACAACAAACUCAACAGUGAAGGGAAUGCCAGUUACAAGGCUACUAAAAGAGAGGUAAUAAAUCCACUCAUAGUUGAAGACACAGCACUUUACGGCCCUUAUGAAGAUGUGGUGGGAAAAACAAAUGAAGGUUUCUUAGCACGGCUUGUAAGGAAGUCUCAGAAGUCCAGUUCAGGCUUCGAAACUUGGAUAGUCUUUGAUGGACCAUAUGGACACCCAUGGCUUCAUGAUUUCUUUGCCCACCUAGAUGCAAGGAGCAAUUCCUUUAUGGGCAACAACCGGCAGAAUAUUCCUCUGCCAAGCAACUUGAAGUUUAUUAUAGAGGUAGCUGGGGACAUUGGAUGUCUAACCCCAGCGGAGCUGACCUCGUGCUUUGGUGUGUUCUUCCCGGCCCAGCCACAGUUAUGGGAAGAGGUUGUCCAUAGUUGGUUGGGUACACUCACUAACUACAGAAUAUCUCGAGCCCUUCAAAGCUUGGUAAAGAAAAACCUUCCAAAUUUUAUAAAUAUCCUGCAAGAGAGUGAAGUGAAGAAACCUCACAUGAUCAUGAAGGCUAGAGCAUUUGUGGCUAUUCUUAAUUACUUUUUAGACACUGAGCUGACACAAACUGAGACUGAAGACUGGGUAGAGAGGCUUACACCUGCAUUCAUCUUUGGCAUCAUCUGGUCCUUUGGUGCCUGCAUAUCAUCCUCUGAGGCCGACGAAUUUCGGGAAGUGGUGACAAGGACGAUCGAAAAUGUACCUGAGGGAGGGAUUUAUGAUUAUUGUGUAGACAUACCAUCAGGUCAGUUUAAACCAUGGGCAAAGUUCACAACAGAAAUGGAAAUGUACAACCCAUUUGUUAACACCAACAUUGUCAUGACUGACCGUAUUAUAAAAUACUCAAAGGUCUCCCAAAUCUUGAUGAGUCAGGGCAUUCCCGUCAUAUUGAAAGGUAAUCCUGGGUCAGGAAAGUCGACUUUGAUAAAUGUCCUAAGGCAAACUAUGAAUAGCACCACAGAUCUUGCUGUAGUCAGCUAUACAUCUUUCACCCAACCUAAGGACAUACAAAGAACAAUCGAAGAAAACCUCAUGAAACAAGGUAAAGAUAUCCUGGCAGGUAGAAAGUCAAAACUUCACUUGCUAGUCGAUGAUCUCCACUGCAGUGAAGGUGAAGACCACAUGCAUCAGGUCCUAGCGACAACUAACUUCACUGCAAAGUACAGUAAACUGUUUAAUCAUGAGAUUAAAUCUUUCCUUAGACUUCCUGAAAUGUGUUAUUUGUUCACCUACCAAACAAAAGAGUGCAUCUCAGGAGGGCAGGACGACACCCAGAUGGUUAAUAAUCACAUUGAAAAUUUCUGGAUGGGAUCCUUUCAUCUGCUAACCCUACCCUCUUGCGGAAAUGCAGAGUUGGAAGGCAUAUUCUGCACACUCUUUGAUCAGAAUCUUGGCCACUUUGAACAGGAAGUAAAAUGCCUGAAGAUUGUAGUUGCAGAGGGUAUAGUACACUUGUACCGCCGUAUGGGUGAAGUGAGCAAGCAAGUGUGCGCAGACCACCUACCUCUUGUCCACCACCCACGUCAAGUAAUAUCUGUUCUCAAGGGACUUCAACUUGGAGAUGAAGAGACACAGGACCGUGAUAAUUUCUUGAAGCAUCUAGCUCACGAAUGCUUCAGAGUCUUCCAAGACGUCGGCGUCAUACAGCCAAAAGAAUUUGAAAGUCUGAUAAAUGAUGUAUUGUCUGAGUAUCUCUGCAUAUCCCUUGAUAAAGUCUGUGAUAACCCAGGCAUGUUCCUUCUGACCCGCCUUGCUAGUGAUGACAAUUUAUACACAGAUAUACAAGCUGACACUGUUCGAAAUGUGAUUAAGAGUGCAGGGCAGGCUCUACUAGGUCCUAAGGGAUUAUUUGCCAUUUAUGACAGUCUCAUCCACCAUACCAUUCACCUCAUAAGAAUCCUUGGGAAACAAAAGUCAAAAGAAAUGAAAUCCUCCAGAGCCUUAGAUAGCAUUGGAGGGCAUCUCAUUUUAACUGGACCAGAGGGAUGUGGCAAAAAAACUUGUGCCCGCUUAGUGUCUUCUAUAGCUGGAUUCAAAACAUAUGACAUUAAUGGUACUGAAUCAGAAGCAGAAACUAAAAGAGAAGAUAUUGUUAAGGAUCUCUCUGAAGGCAUCUCGGUACUUGUUAUCAUAGACUGGAAUGUACUGGAUGAUUUAAGGAAUAUUGCAUUCUUGAAUGACCUUUUGGUUGAAAAACAGAAUAUUGCAAAUCUUCAUGAGGCUCAGCAUACUGUAAGAAUCUUGAUUUCCACUCCUACACUAAAAGAGGCAUAUGAUAUUUUGAAAUACAUUCCUGCAGUUUCAAACUAUUAUAAUGUUGAUUCGUUCCAAGAAUGGAAUAACGAAGAGCUUCAAACUGUCGCAAAACAAAUUCUUAUGGAAAAACUGGGGCAGUCACUUCCAGAACUGAAAGCACAAGCUGUAGCCGAAGUCAUGGCAUACAUUCACCAAAAUAAUUCUGAAGCAAAGUGGCAGCCAUCUUGCAGGUUCUUAGGGUUUCUAAAGUCAUUCUUGCAUCUUCAUGAUAAACUAUUAACUGGCAUCAUUGAAGAGAAAGAGAAACUCAACAUGAGCAUUAUCAAGUUUGAAGACACACAAAAACGCGUUACAGAACUUUCUAAACAGCUAGAAGAACAGCGUGCUCAGGUGACCUACAUCCAGCAGACAUGUGGCAGUGUUGUUCUCAAGAUGCGUAAUAUUAAAUCUGAGCAAGGGAGGCUUGAGCAGGAUCUCAAUAAGAAUUUGGGACUUCUGAAGAGGCAAAAAGAUGAGUCCUUGAGGAUUAGAGAACUCAUCAGCCGCGACCUCACAGCUCCAAAACAAGAAAUGAAAGCAACACAUCGAAAGUUGGAUCGCAUAACAAGGGCUGAGUUAGAAACACUCAAGUCCCUUUCUAGGCCUCCUCCAUCAGUUGAAUUGGUUUUUGAUGCAGUGCUAACGACCCUGGGACUUGAUCCUUCCUGGAAUGAAGCCAAGAAACAAAUGAGUAGUGGACUCAAUUUCAUCUCAUCUAUUAGGAAAAUUCCAGUAGAAGAGACAGAUGAAAAAAUUCUAACCAGAAUUCAGGCCUACCUGAAAAUGGAAGAUCUGAACAUAGAGAAAGUUACAGAGGAAUCAUUCACAGCUGCAACAUUCCUUAGUUGGCUUUAUGCCUUUGAAAAAUAUGUAAGAGUAUAUAAAGACUAUCAUCCCUUGAAAGUUCAGGCUGACAUUAUCACAAGAGAAAUUGAAGCAACAGAAGCAACAAUUAACCAAUACCAAGAAGACUUGACUGGUUUUGGUAUGGAGCAUAAGGUCCUUAUGGCCCAGUUAAAGGAAAAGGAACACCAGCUUGAAGUAGCUGAGGAAGAGAUGAAAGUACUCGAGAGCCGGAUACAGUUGGCCCAGAAGGUAAUGACUCAGCUUGGAGAAGACAAAAUCCAUUGGGAGGAAGCAUUAUCUCAAUGCAGUGUUAAGCUACGAAAUAUCUUUGGUGAUGCUGUCCUGGCAGCAGCUUAUGUGACCUAUUUAGGCACAUUUAACCAUGAAGAGAGACCUGACGUAAUCAAAUCUUGGCAAGAUAAGAUGAAUGAGCUUUGCAUAUUCAAUACUGAAGACAGGACCAGCCUCGACAUUCUAGCUCCCAUGGAAUCCCAGGCCAAGUGGCAUGAAGAAGGUCUGCCAAUGGACAAUUACUUGCUUGAGAAUGCAGCUAUUAUAUCCAACUCAGACUUACCACAGCUUAUCCUCGACCCUCACUGUCUGCUUGAAACAUGGAUUCACAAAAGGAGAGAUGCCAUGGAGGUUAACCUUGAAGAAGAGGAGUUUAUGGACCAGUUUGCUGAGGCAAUAUCUAAAGGCAGAUCAUGUAUUAUUACUCUAGAGGAGUUAUCAUUCCCUAUAAAAUUGUUCCAGAUUCUUGAGAUGGAGCAAGUAAAAUCGUCCAGCAAGGAUAAAACAUUACUCAAAGUUGGAAAUGAAACCUAUGAAUUACACAAGGACUUCAGACUCUUCAUUAUUCUAAAGAGUAAUAUUGACUACUUAGACAACAACAUUAAGACACUUGUGAAUGUAGUAGACAUGCAAAGCAACCAGGAGGGUAUGAUGAAGUUACUUACAAUGAGAGUCGCUUCCCACUGUCAGCCGGAUCUCAUAGAAUCCCUAAAGAAGAGCGAGUUCGACCUGCUGGAAAAGCAAAACCAACUAGCAGAACAAGAGGCAACCAUAAGAAGCCUUAUGGCUCGCUUUGAUGAUGAUGUGCUUGAAGAGAGCACAUUGAUGGAGAUGUUACAGGCGGCAUGUGCCAAAGCAACUGAUGCCAAGAAGAAGUGCCACGACUUAAGAAAGUCCCUUGAUGCUGCUAAAGAGGGCAUAAAGACUUAUGGCAAGAUUUCGGGACUCCUUACCGAAAUCUACAUCCUUGUGGAGCGACUCCCACUAUUCAAUCCCUCUUUGGUCAUUGGGAUCGACAGGUUCAGUGCUCUCGUCAUUGGAGAGAUGCAGCCUCAAAACUUUGCCAGUGCUUGGGGCAGACUUCUCGACGCUAACACUGUCAUCAAAAUGCUACAAACAAUAUUCAGGUACUUCCAAGAUCAAGUUGAUGACAUAGCACUGGUGACAAUAGGCCUUGUGUUAGCCAUGUGGUACGAGUGUCACAUCGGUCUCACCACACCCCAGUUUUGCUCUCUCCUACACGCCUCCUCCUCCUCACAGAUUGGAAGUCAGCUCUCAUCUCUUGAGUCUGAGAAGAAGGAACCAAAGGGCGAGAAAUCUUGUGCUGUGCCCAAGUCCUCUCACCCUGUAUGGUUGACAGAUUCGCAAUGGCUUCAGAUACUCUCCUUGUCUAAAGUGGGACCUUUCACAAAUCUUAUUGAAAGUCUAACAACUCAUGAAAAACUUUGGCGAGUAUGGUAUGUUACAGAACAGCCAGAAACAGUGCCACUGCCCAAUAAGUUGGAAAGAAAGAUUCGUGGGGUUGCCAAACUUAUCCUAAUUAACUGCCUCCGUCCAGAUCGCCUGGAUGAAGCUUCUAUGAUCUAUGUAGAACGUGUACUGAGGGUGGAGGCUGAUCCUACCUCGGCCAAAGCAUUACUUGCUGUUGCUGGAAAGGGUUCACCCACUGAACCAGUUAUCAUCUACAGUUCUGCACCUCUUGAUGUGGAACACAUAUUAGGGCAGAUACAACCAUUGUGCCACCCUGUCCUCAUAUCAAACCCAGAUUCUGUUAAUGUCUUGGCUCUAAGAUAA